UGGUUUUUGCUCAGUUUUGUAUUGUUAAUUUUAAGUGAUGUAAUACGAAACCGGAGGCCUCGCAACUUUCCACCAGGACCCUGGGCUGUGCCUCUGCUAGGAAAUGUCUUCACUGGAGUAGACUACAAAACAAUGCAUGAGCUGGCUCAGAAGUACGGCCCCGUGUUCAGUUUGAGGAGGGGCAGUGAGAGGAUGGUGUUUGUUGCAGGAUAUAAAAUGGUCAAAGAGGCUCUUGUCAGCCACCUGGACAGCUUUGUUGAUCGACCAAUCGUCCCUCUUUUCCAUGUUAUAUUCAAGGGCAUAGGUAUAGCGCUGAGCAACGGUUACCUGUGGAAGAAGCAGAGGAAGUUUGCCAACACUCACCUGCGUUACUUUGGAGAAGGCCAAAAGUCACUGGAGAAGUGCAUUGAAGUGGAGUGCAGUUUCCUUUGUGAAGCUUUCAAGGAGGAGCAAGGUAGACCAUUCAACCCCCACUACAUCGUAACAAAUGCAGUGGGUAACAUCAUCUCCUCUGUGGUCUUCGGACAUCGCUUUGAAUACACUGAUCCAAGCUUUCGCAAAAUUCUGGAGCUGGACAAUGAUGCCGUUGUGCUUGCUGGUUCAGCUCAGACGCAGCUGUAUGAUGCCUUUCCUGGCUUGAUGAAGUACCUGCCAGGACCUCACCAGACUGUCCAUGCCAACUACAGGGAGAUUGUGGCUUUCUUGAACAGAGAAAUUGAAAAGCACCAGGAAGAGUGGAACCCAGAUGACCCUCGUGAUUUCAUUGAUGCAUAUCUGUCAGAGAUGGAGAAGAAAAAAGAGGAUCCUCAUGCUGGCUUUAAUAUUGAAACGCUUCUGGUUUGUACCCUUGAUCUGAUUGAGGCUGGGACAGAGACAGCUUCCACCACUCUACGCUGGGCUCUAGUAUUUAUGAUGAACUACCCAGAAAUACAGGAAAAAGUCCAGGCAGAGCUAGACAGAGUAGUCGGACAGUCUCGCCUGCCCACCUUGGCCGACAGACCCAACCUACCCUACACUGAUGCUGUUAUCCACGAGACCCAGAGGUUUGGAAAUAUUGUUCCAUUGGGAUUCCCAAAAAUGGCCAGUAAAGAUUCUACACUGGGUGAAUACUUCAUUCCUAAAGGCACAGCUAUUACCACGAUACUUUCAUCUGUGCUGUUUGAUAAGAAUGAGUGGGCGACUCCAGAUGUCUUCAAUCCUGAACAUUUCCUGGACUCAGAGGGCAAAUUUCGAAGAAGAGAUGCCUUCUUGCCAUUUUCAGCAGGUAAACGUGUGUGUAUCGGUGAGCCCCUGGCCAAAAUGCAGCUCUUCCUUUUCUUUGCAUCUCUGCUCCAACGCUUCACUUUGACUCCUGUUCCUGGAGAAAUGCCCAGCUUGGAGGGUGUGAUGGGCUUCACCUACUCUCCCGAGGAGUUCAGGAUGCUGGCAGUGCCUCGCUGAGGUCAUGCCAUGCAAACACAAAGAUGAAUAAACUGAAACUCCACAAGCUUUAUGGGAUCACCAAAUCACAGCAUACAGAAAAAGCAUACUAGAAACACAGAAAAUAUACUCUGUAAAACAUUUUACGAACAUUUCACAUAGUAAGACACAAUGUGCAUGUCACAGUGCUAACUGUUGUUGUACUUUUAUUUCUUGUCUUUUACUGUGAAGCACUUUGAGUUUUUUCUGU